AUCUCAAUCCUCUUCUCGGAAAAUAUAAAGCUUGAAGCCAUGCCAAAAUUACCCGAUAUACUGCUUCACCUGCGUCGUUCCCAUGGUGACGGAGCUGAUACUCGCAACGACUUCGAUCUCUGUGGUGUGAAAGUGAAAUUCAAAGAUCUCUGUCUUCUCUCUGAUGAUCUCUUCAAGCAUCUUCACGUCAAAUUUGAACAUUUUUUCUCCACUUUGCGGGAUCUAUCUGAAAGUGGGUCUCGUCAAGUGCCCGGAUUGCAGUCGAAAUUGUGGGAAAUUGUUCAAGACCUAACGUUGGUUCUCAGGUCCUGUCUCAUUAUUUUGACAUUGCUCGAGUCUGAACAGCAGUCCCUGCUUAAAAAGUGCCGCUAUAUCUGUCAGAUUUUGAAUAUUUUUUAUUCCAUUGAGGUGAAUGAGAGAAAUGGAAGAGCCCAAAUUACAUUUGAGAAUAUGGGCUCCUGUGAAUUCAAUGCUAGCAGUGCCGAACUUUCCACACCUGCUUCUUUCGAGUUAAAUGAUCCUUGCCGUCCAUUUCUAUGUUCAGUGCUGGAGGCAUUCGCGGAUGAGUGUUUAAAGCAUCCAUCUUUAAGGAAGUACAUUAUGUACAUGGAAUCAUCUUCUUCGAUCAGAGAAAAGGAUUCAACAUUUCACUUGAACCAUGGUUAUAUUGCGAGUGUCCUAGAGAUAACAUCUGCCCAUUUUAUGCUGUCAGUUACUGAUGAGCAAGCACUUGAGAAGUUCAUCGCCAGAUUACUUCGGCCCUGUGGCAAGGAUUCAAGAGAUAUUGAACUAAGUUUAGAAGCUUCCAUAUCAUUGCUGCUCAACCCUAUUUUGCUUUCUGCACCAAAGAUGUUCCAGGCACAUGUAAUUUCAUUAGUUUCUGAAGCCAUUGGUCAUGGCUUAUCUUCUCAGAACUUGGUUGCGGAUAGCCUUGUGGACUGCUACCUUGCAGCAUUUGAAAGAUCAGUCAUUCUGUACUCAAUGCAUGCUUCUAGUUUGCAGACGGAUGGUUAUUGCAUAGGAUUCAAAUGUUCUAAUCAUUCUUAUCUACUUCGAAGAAGCCAGAUAAAAUUUGAAACCUACAUUCAAUGA